AGUGCAGCUGUCAUUAAUACCGCGUUUUUCGAAUGACAUACUGUCAAUCGAUUUUCAUCAUUUCCCGUUUGAAUGACGUUUAGUAAUACCAUCUGCAACUGUUUAUCUAUCGGCGUUUUUGAUUGCGAAUAAAAAUCGUUUUGAACGCGAAAAAUAUUAAGUAUAUUUACGUAGUUAUUUUAUUUAAAAGGGAACUUGAUUCGUUUAAAAAAGUUGCUAAUUACAUUUUAAGCUUAGAAUAAAUUGUUUUUCGUCAGAUUGAGUUUGCAAUGUGAUCUUUAGAAAGUUGUUUUAAGUUUAUUUGAGUGGCGGUAAAGUGAAGUACACGUAGAAUGCAGGACAGCCACAAGUCGUUCCUAAUAAAGGACCUUCUGGGCGAUGUCUUGAGACCUGGAUUGGGAGUUGCAGGUACCGCCCACGAGGUGGAGGAAGCCGCGACCAGAAGCGACAGUGCGGCCACCCACCACCCUGAGGACUCGGACGUAGAUGACGACAUCUCCGUGGGCGACAACCGGUCAGAAGCUUCCACGCCGAAGAAGUUGCAAGUUACUUACGACAACGACACUGACGCCUCAUGCAUGAAAGCAGACAAGAAGCGAGCUGACUCCGAGAUUGACCGGUCAUCCCCUGCUGCCUUUUCUAACAGGAUAUCGAACUCUGCGUACUCCUCGCCAUACAAAGAAGAUGACCACGACUUCGAGAGGCCGGAUGAACCGAUGAAAUUAUACGAAGGAUCGCUUUUUCAGUUGUACAGGCAUACAGACAGAGAUGGCAAUAAAGACGGGGAGAGUGAGAGGAGUGCAUUCGAGCUAGCUGGCUCUCUCUCUGACAGCAUAUACGGACGGUCGAUGGACUUGACCAAGAGCUCGUUCCAAUCGCAGCUGCUGGCUGGCUUCGCGUCCGUCAUGGCGGGCGGCUCGCAGAGGGAACAGGAUUCGAACGACCGACAAUCUUCAAAUCGAAACGGUGGCACGCCAACGUCUGGACGAAAGCCUCGUCGUCGACGGACAGCCUUCACUCACGCUCAGCUCGCGUACUUGGAGCGCAAGUUCAGGUGUCAGAAGUACCUGAGCGUGGCCGAUAGAGGGGACGUCGCUGAUGCUCUUAAUCUAAGCGAAACUCAGGUCAAGACUUGGUAUCAAAAUAGGAGAACAAAAUGGAAGCGUCAGAACCAACUCCGUCUGGAACAGUUACGUGCGCAGGCGGCGAGCGGCGAGCGCGAACUGUCGGCGCACGCGCUGCCGCUGGCCUGCGCCCUCCUCCCGCCCUACCCCGCGUACAUGCACUGCCAUCUAUAGACAUAUAGAAGAAACAAAAACAACAAACAGAAAAAAAAUAAUUGUAAUGAAUUAUAGCCAUGUCAUUACAACCAUUGACUGUGAAUCAGUGAUUGUAAUGACAUGAAAUUUUAAUUCAUCUAAGGAGAAUUAUCUAUUAGAUAUAACUCAUUAUGAGAAACGCACAUCAAUGUAAAUAUAAUAAAGCUAGUCUCAAUCUGUACUUUUAUAUCAUUCAAUUGUGGUUUUAAGAUAAAAACAAUAAUGUUAAACAAAUUUGCAUGUGAAAAUAUCCGAGUGGGGCCCUGUUCUUCUAACCUUCAGCGAAACCUGGCAAAAUCACACCAAACCAGAACUCUGACCACCCGUUCUAAUAUAGAACUAAGAAAACUAAAUAAAAUUGAACUUAUAACAAAAUCACUACAUAGCAUUUUUAUCACUCGGACUAAGAGGCAUGUUACGGGUAUGUAUAGCCGGACGCAUUUUCUCCGACUACCUACAAUACUAAUUAUAACAGCAAAGUUUAUUUGUUUUAAUUAAAUAAAAUGAAAAAACUCUAUAUUAUACACCGAAAAUUAUAAAAAUAAAGAAUUAAAGAACAAAAGCAAUAAAUUCAGUAGGUAAAAUAGGCGACCUUAUCGCAAAGAAGCGAUCUCUCCCAGGAAACCUAAUAGAGAAUUGCUAGUCGAAUUAUAAAAAUGACUAGUGAGGAGUGAUGUAAGCUACAUAAGGCGGUGAGGAUAAUAUAUAAGUAGAUGGGGAAACUUUGUACUCUUUGUAAGGGUUUUCCACACGGACGAAGUCGUGAGCGUCUGCUAUAUGGUAUGAUCAUAGCAUAAUUAAAACUACUAUAUUGAGCACAAAAUGUACAAAUAUUGUUGCACAUAUAGAUGAAUAAUUGUAACUUAGCUUAAUCUAGAUAAGUAUUGUAUAGAUUAUUCAUUUUGAAGAAUAAGCUACGUUCUCUCGCAUGACCAUGAACAUGAAAGAAAAGGAAUCUAUGAAUACCUUCCGCUUUUUCUCCAAGUAAACGAAGAGUCAGUGUACUUACUCGUAAGUCUGAGAUGAAUCGCAGAACCUCUCGGAUUUGAGUUCGGUCACUUACUCUUGAACUAUUGAGACUACUUGUAUUUAAACGUUCUAAAGUUUUAAAUUAUUUUGAUAUUUUUAACGGUACAUCAUCACUCAAAGACGCUAAAAAGACAAGCAUGGUGUGUUUUUUUUUCAAGGUAAAUUCGGUAUCUCUGUCAAUUUCGGUCAAAUCUACAGACUUCUUAAUGUUUCCUAAAUAGUCCCCGAAAUAUUUUUUACAUGGCUCAAUCUACUUUAUUCUCUAAAAAAUGUUAAGUUAGUAAAUAACCCAUGUAAGCCAUCCGUCAACUGUUACUAAGCAAAAAUUAACUUAAUAAUUGUAGGGUAGGUAAAAAUAUUAGACAUUUACAUAUAGUUUUUACUUGUAGUUGCAAUACAUACUUGUAGAUCUUUUUAAAGUGCAAUAUAAUUAAGAUUGUAAUGUAAUAAAGUAGAUAUUACUAUAUGCUUUGUAAAUAACUACCAACGCGUUUAUGUAACUUCUUAGCUCAAGAGUUAACAAUGUCUAUCAUGAUGCAAUUAGUUAUACAGUAGGUACCUACAAUGGUAUAGUUAUGUUAUUCACUAUAUUUUCUUUUGAUGUUAUUCACUAUAUUUUUUUACAUAGUUCUUUUCAAAAGGACGUAAAUAUUUUAAAUAAUCAGUACAUACGCCUAAUAGCCGUUUUAUAACUCUUUUACGGAUUUUAACUGUCAAUGCCAUUGUUAACUUUUGAGAUAGUUUUUAUUUAUUAGUUUUUGUUUAUUUUUAAUGUGUUAUUUGUAUGACUUGAGAUUGUAAUUAUAUUAUG